AUGCGUUCUUUCGCCAUCGUCUCCGCUCUCUUCACCGCAGCCGCCUUUGCUGCUCCGGCUACAAACGCUGACACCGCCCUUCUCACCCGCACUCCUGCCAUGUCCGAUGUUGAGGCUUCUGCGCAGAGCCUGAUGGAUGCUAAGGUUGCUGCUGGUUGCAACCUUCUCGGAUGCCUAGCUGCUCUUGCUCCAGCUUCGGUUACUUGCGCCGCUGCUCUCGCUGAGGAAGGGCUCAACCCGAUUGCGGACGCUGCUUGCUUCGCUUCGGCCUUGAACAACAUUGCCAACCCCCCUGCGGCUUGCGCCAACUGCUGA